AAAGAUCACGAAAAUGCCUCUGACGCAUACCAUUCACCAAUGCGAACUAUUCGGUGACACAAAUUACUCAGCUCCAGAAAAACCGUCUCAAAAAUCCACUAGUUAAGUAUUAUCACAGCAUAUUGCCCAAAUGGAACAGAGAAAGGACCUUCAUCCUUGCCAUACAUCCAAUCCAAAAAUCAAGUGACUCACACGUCACGGGCAACAAGCGACGAACUUUCGACAAAAUAACAAAAAAACGAAAAUUUCCCUCCACGGCUGCCAGAUACCCGGUGCAGAAAAGCAGAUAACGAAGUACACAAUAAAACGGAACGAAAGAAACACACCGUACAUGCUGCUCCGUUGAUGAUGGUUAGCGGUGAGGCCGGAAGACUCACCAACACAACCGCCACAACAUUUGUGCAGCAUAAAACGUUUUUCCCUCAAAAGUGUUAUUUCUUCGGGUUCGUUGUCUAUCUCUCGGCGUGCUUUUCUCUCUCCUUCUCUCUCUGUCUCUCUUUCUCUCACCAUCGUUCGUUUGGUUUGUCUUCUUCGCGCCCGAGCUGACCGUUCGUGGCUGACCGGGCCACGGGAGAUCGCUGGCCAUUUCGCUGGCCGCAACAUACUUUAGAUCCCGGGGCGCUUCUGCCUGCAGUUCUUGUACGCGCGCACACGAUCGCUUCAUUCUCUCGCUCUCGAAAUCUGGAGGAUCGCACAUACAACCAUAGCUGUAAGCUCUGUCCCGCUCAAGCCCGCAUACGCCAACCCACGUGGACAUCUCUUUUCUGCUCGAUCUUCACGGUUGCAAACCGCACCACUACAGAGCACCGAACGGUCCGGACUGGAGUGCGUUCGUCAGGUUGUUUGCGGGUAUGGUUGGGCUCCUAUACCCAUAACCGAUCCUAUCCGUCGAUCCGUCCCAUUUCCCGUUCCCUUUCCCUAGCAAUGAAUGCGCGAUCGCGCUAACACGGCACACGGCAAUGUUUGGCUGGCGCGAUGCCAGUCAGUAUAAAUCUAACGUCUUCAGUGUCAAGGUCUCUUUCCAGUGAGGCUCUUGAUCUGCGACCACUUGCACAGACUCCGCGCCCGACCCCGCAGCGGCUCAUCACCGCUGUGCGUGUGUAUGUGUGUGUGUUUGUGCGCACUCUGCAGGCCGGAUCUAAGAGACCGAUCGGCUGAGUGCUGACCGUAUUUUCGCGUCGUCCGUUGACCGAGUGCGUACCGUAGAAAAACGGUGCCAGCAGCAGCACCAGCACUAGCGGAAACCUUUCCGAAAAGUGAUCAAAUCUCACCCGUUUUACGCGAGUGGCCGCACCGAAGAGGAAGCUGAAUUAAGAUCACCAGGCCACACUUCCAAGUGCUCGUAUUUGUGUCAUCAGUAACGGGGCCACCAUUUCACCGGAUUCUUAAGAUAUUCAAGUGCAAUAGCCCUGUGGUAAAAAGCUCGGCAGCAAUAAUCCUGAGCGAGUACGAUACAGUGUUGCAAUCCCAACCUUAAGUGCAAUCUCAACAGAACCGGUGUGCAUGUGCGUGUUUUAUCUGUGAGUGUAGUGAGUGUUAGUGUGUGUUCCGACGUUUCCGAGGGUCGGAAAACUCCAGCUGAAAGUUAGAAUCAGCCCGUACCAGCCGGUCAUGCAAUGUGGGCAUCGAUCUUCUUAGUGAGAUACUAACGGUUCGGUUGGUUUGGUUUUGUUUCUCUUCCGGACACUGGAGAAAAAGGUGAAAACAGUUUUUUCUCCUUUGGUUCAUCAAGCGCCUACAGCUUAUCGGUUGUAAAGUGGAGAGGCAAUUUGGUAGAACGAAACAUACAGAGCGGUUACUCAGAAGUUCGUAAUUUUCAUGGUAGUGUGAGGAAGUGAUUUAAUCUUAAAAUUAAAACUUGUUUCCCACCGCAACUUUGUGAAUCUACGUCAUUUUUUAAGAGUGUUAGUUUUUGGUCCAUAAAAAUCUGUGUCGAUGUUAAUCAAUUAAUGGUCCAAUAGCAGCCCCCGAAAGGCACGGUCGGGGCAUCUAGUAUCGUCCGCAAAUACGAUGCGCCGUUAGAAGAACACACGCACACAGAACCGGCUAAGUGAUUACGAUUAUUUUGUGAAACCAUCCGUGCGUAACCCGUGCGCAGCAUCAUCGGCAUCCGAAGACGAAAAAAUGAUGUGCGUUUGAUGGGAAGAUCGCAUGUUCGCGUCCAGAAGACGAACCGUGGAAGCCGCAGAACCAUCAGCCGCAACGCCACGCAACAACCACGCUGACUUCGCGGAGAUUUCCGGUGUGAUCUAACGGUGCAGUAGCAACACUUCCACGUCAAACGCCGGCAUCCAUAGCCAAACCAUCCAUCAUCCGGGGCGGUGAAAAAAAAAAGAGAUUCGCUUAGAGCUACGGCUCACCAGACAAGAAUCGGCGAUCGACGAAACAACACAAAAAAGGGAAGCCAGAACGCGCUCCACGGCUUCAAGAUGUCCAGUGUAGAUCUACGCCGGGGGACGGUGAGAUGGGGUCGCCAUCGCAGUGCCGUCCAGUUCGCUACCCGCCUUGCCCUGCUAUUCGCCAGUGUGCUCUCGUCCGCAUACAGCAGUCCCGUGUUCCCGUUCACAUCGUUUCAAGCUAGCAGAAAUCUUCGACAUCUUCCCUGCGUGGUACGUAACACCGGUGAGGAAGGAAUUUGCAUGUUCGCUAUCGAUUGCUUUAAGUCGAACGGAACACAUUUAGGCGUGUGUAUCGAUAAAAUAUUCUUUGGAUCUUGCUGUCAAGUGAAUGAUGAUCGGUUGCUGUUCGAUCCAGACAUAACGGAUAACAGCAUAGAUCACAACUCAGUCGGCAAUUUCCAACAUUUUCCUCAGUCCUCGGUGAUGAACACGCACAGAAAACCACCUCUUACGGAAACGCGUCUACCGACAACACCUGCUAGCAAUGGAACCAAGUACGAACUGCUCAGUACCUCGACGACUACGAGACGAACGACUGCUAAGAACAAUCGCCGCACGACCUCUACCGUGCGUACUACGAAAGCUCCCCUAAAGGUGCAGCAAAAAGAUGAUUUACAGACGACUACAGAGUAUCAAGAAUUCACAACCUUUCAAUAUGUACAGAGCAGUAAAAAUCCUUCAGGCACUCAAUCUAUAGCAGCAUCGAAUGGAGCAGUCAACAAGCGUCCUUCUCCUGCACGUCCCAGUGUUCCAAGUUUGGUAACCCAGGAUAACCGAACUUCUACGACUAGAGCAACUACUCCUAAACCUUACAAAAAUCGUCGUCCUACGACUAAUAAAACGACAACGAUACGUCCGCCUAAUCGACGACCUUCCCAGCCAUUAACGACAAGUACGGAAACUCCAACAACGACACCACCCUUGACGACUAGGAAAGUUUCGGGACAAAACACCAGACAGCCAACAACUUCAACUACGAUUGGAUUCCGUAAGCCUCCUAGCACGAUCGCUGCGGCACAAACGCAAACCACCAUUGGCUCCAGACGACCAACAACGACGCAAUCUUCGCCGAAAACCGAAUCCACCACACCUUCCGUGACGUAUUCGCGUCGACCUACAACAUCUCCUUCGUUGGUGCCUUUAACAAAACCCACUUCAAACCGAAGACGACCUACGACUAGUACGACACCAUCGACUACAACGACCGUGACGGCUGCGCCCAGUACCGAUACUACCCGAGCUCCUCGUCCUAGACCUAAACCAACUUCACAGGUAGCUACCGUACCGGCUACAUCGUUAGAUCAUCUGAUCGAGACGCAUUCCUCCAGCUCUGAAUCAUCAGCUAGUGCUGUUGUUUCGACUAGUCCCACGAAAUUAACCUACCCAACAACCACUGUUAAAGUGACGCACCCCACCACCCCAACGCCAACCCCUACUCCUACUCCCGCUUCCUCCACUAAGAGAACUACACAAUCCGAACCAUCCGUACAAUCGUCUACUGUAAAAGUUCCGGGAUCUUCCCUAGAACUAGGUGACGGCGGAGAUCUUGCAACACUUUCACGUCCCGGUCUCGUUACAUGGACGAGUAUACUAGAAGACGCACCUACGGAGCGUCCCAGCGUCAAUCAAGGCCCAACCACUUCCAACAGCUGGAUACUUAUACAGACACUAACCCCCGAAGAGGUCAUUGCUAGUAAUCAAACUAACCAGCAUGAACCAUCAUCCUCCACUCACAUACCACCUGCAUCCGUCGAGGUGUCCUUCGCGCAGGACACCAAGUUACCGAUCGAAUCGCUUCUUCCGGAAGCGGCCUACGUAUACAAUACGGUACAAGAGGAACCAGCGCAAAAUGUCCUCUUGCUACCGGACGCUCUCUCGGUACAUUCGCAAGUAACGUCCACAUCUCGAUCACCCGGACAAACAAAUCUCGAAUCCUUGGAAGCUAAUGCAAAAACUACGGAAAGUUCUUUCGUUAGCACCGGUAGCUACACCAAACAAAGUACGAUCGAGCCACCGAGUACGACAAGCACUACCGUUCGUCAUUCAUCCAUCGUAUCGUCAUCGACUGAAGGUACCACCAUAAGUACCGGGCCUAGCUCAGCGUCUUCCAUCGCCCAACUGUCUAUCACCAAACCUCCCCACAAGCCCAGUAGCCAAGCGGUAGAGAUUAACGUAUCGCUCGAAACGACAUCAGCCUCCGUGACAUCGACGACCAUUUCUACCGCACCGACAACGACGAUUCCGCCCGCGAGUGUAGCUUCGACUCAUUUUACAUCUUCCGCCGCACCGACAUUAACGACUAGUGAUAUGUUUGCGAGCGUAUCUGAACAGACAUCAUCAGCAUCUAGUGAGGAAUCUGGCGCAUCCUCUACUACCGAUGGUUGGUCAUCUUCCAAGCGACCUAUCGAUACGACAUCCACCACGGAAGCAAUGCUCGUCCGUGAGACUACAACGGCUGUGGAAGAGUCGAUCGAAAGUGCAACGGAGGGUAGCGGAGAGGAAGAGUCUGGCAGUGGCAGCGAAGAAGGCUCCAGUGAGGAAGAGGAGGAAGAGGAAGGAGAAGUAACAGAUGAAAGUGAAGAAACCAUCGAUGCCACGACAACCUCGAUCGAGAACGUUACCGACUCCCUGCAUAAGGUGACGAACGAAAGCAGCACCCUUAUGACUUCUACCCCAGCAAGUAUCUCCUCAUCGCAAAGCACCACAGUAUCCUCGACCUCGGCAACACUGGAGACCAACACUAUGGCAGCCUCAACCUUGUCACCGGUUUCGAUCUCCAGCGGCGUGACGAGCCCAAGCUCAGCCCCAUCAACGCUGUCAACGACGUCAAGCAACACGUCGACAGCAUCACCAUUGCCGCCUGUGACAUCCGACCGUGGUCCAACCACCGAGGGCACGACAACCGGAAUGCCGAUCAAGUUCCCCGAGCAAUCGGUAGGCAAUCAGUCGGCGCUUCCGACAACGACCACACUGGCGAUGCUUGCCAACGUAACCACGGACGGUGUAACGCUGGCACCCGAUUUCCUGACCACAUCCACCCUGCCAACCCUCGAGGGCAUUGAUUACCGAUCGGUGUGCGGCAAACGGAUGUUCCCCGAGCCGCGUAUCGUCGGUGGCACGAAGGCAGCAUUUGGCCGUUGGCCCUGGCAAAUAUCGCUUCGUCAGUGGAGAACAUCUACCUAUCUGCACAAGUGCGGUGCGGCACUGCUGAACGAAAACUGGGCCAUCACAGCUGCUCACUGCGUUGACAACGUUCCGCCGUCGGAUCUGUUGCUACGGUUAGGCGAGUACGAUCUGGCAUUGGAGGAGGAACCUUACGGUUAUCAGGAGCGCCGAGUACAGAUCGUCGCCUCUCAUCCACAGUUCGAUCCGCGAACGUUCGAAUAUGAUCUAGCACUUUUGAGAUUCUACGAACCGGUGAUCUUCCAGCCGAACAUCAUUCCCGUCUGCGUACCGGAGAACGAUGAGAACUUCAUCGGAAGAACAGCAUUCGUUACCGGGUGGGGUCGUCUAUACGAAGAUGGACCACUGCCGAGUGUGCUACAGGAGGUUACCGUGCCGGUGAUUGAAAAUAAGAUCUGUGAGACGAUGUACAGGAGCGCCGGUUACAUCGAGCACAUUCCGCACAUUUUCAUCUGUGCCGGUUGGAAGAAGGGAGGUUAUGACUCUUGUGAAGGUGACUCCGGUGGUCCGAUGGUAAUUCAACGUCCAGACAAGCGAUUCCUGCUCGCGGGAGUAAUUUCCUGGGGAAUCGGUUGCGCUGAACCAAAUCAACCCGGUGUCUACACCAGGAUAUCUGAGUUCCGGGAUUGGAUCAACCAGAUUCUACAGUUUUAAACCGUCACAAGGCGCGUGAUGAUAAACUGAUAAACGUAUGCAGUAGCCAUGCUACCUGUUUGGUGUAUAGAUCCUUGGAACAGUGCUCUCCGGGAAGACUUCCGAUCUGGAACACGACCAGAUCGACCUUGUCGACCUUUCAACGGUUUGACGUGUAGUUGUUGAUGUUUGAUAAUUCGUUUACGCAUAGCAUACACUUUUAUAAGGUGCCGUUUUGAUCAUCGAUCUGCCAGCGGCACAGAUCGUCCUGCUAAACGAUCGCCCAACCCACUGGCAGGUUGAUCGUCGACAUCUUUUCGGUGACACGGUCAAGUUUAGAGCAAUUGUGUUAAGUUAUUCCCGUCCCGAAGUAUUGCUCAAAGCAUCCACAACCCAGUGAGUUCAUGGACACUCAAGAAGGUAUUAUUUAGUUGACACGAGGUGGUAGAAUUGGCAAUCGUUACAACAAACACACACACCAAGCUGUACGCAUUUCGAUCACAAAUGCUCAUUAAAGUUCACACACUAUCUUUAGCCUAGCACGAAAGGAAAGAGAAACACAAAAAACAACACAGUAGUAAAGUAGGACCGUUUUAAUUAAAGUACGUUGUGAUAAAUCAAUGCAUCUUCGCAAGCGUUGCAACGUGAGCGCAGCGGAUCCCAGUGCACUUGUGCUGCACGGGGAUGAAUGAUGCGAAACUAGAGUUACGGCAGUUAUCGGUAGUUAGACACUAUUUUGCAAGUAAAGUACAUGCUACAUGGUAAGACGACUUUAUUUAUUUAUUUAUAUUCGGCUAGAUACGUUUGGUAGGGUCGCAUGUCUAGAUUAGGGGCAAACACAAAACACAAACAUAAGGGCGAAACAUAUGGAUGCGUGCCUAGACAAUAACGACACGUUUAGAAACAAUCGCGUAAAGGUGCUUCUGUUAGUGCAAGACCAAUGUGUAACCGGUGAGCAUUCUUGUCAGAAGAUUUUCAGCUAGUGUGUGACAAUUUUCCUGUACAUAUUUUAACGUAAGGAGCCACAUCCAUUCCGAUAACAUCUAUUUAAAUUCGACUGUACUAUACUUUGAAAUAAACAUUUUAAACAACUAAAAAUUACUGUGCGUUUACUGUUCGUUAUUACACUUUUCUUUUUCACUCUGUUCUAUGUCUUUUUGAAAACCUUUAACUUUAGUUUAAGCCAAGUGAAACCAGGUGCAUUCGUAGAUCAAUAAAUAUCACAAUUAUUGAAAAACUUACCUCAACAUUAAAAUUGUAAAGCUUUUUAUUGCUUGUGUUUACAAUACUCUUA